GUGAGGUCCCAGCACACAUCGGCGGCACCACAGAGUUUGGGGACAAUGUGGAGGAUGAGUGGUUCAUCGUCUACCUCAUCCGAGAGAUUACCAGGGAGUUCCCCGGGCUGGCGGCCAGGAUCGAUGACAACGAUGGAGAGUUUCUCUUGAUAGAAGCAGCUGAUUUUCUCCCCAAGUGGCUGAAUCCUGAGAACAGUGAAAACAGAGUGUUCUUUUACAAAGGAGAGCUGCACAUCAUUCCUCUGUCAGAGACUCCAGAGCAGGACUGCGACCCUUCUGCUCCCUGUCCAACAGUCUCACAGGCACUGGCACUGCUCUCCACCCGUUCUGAGGAGUUCCUGGCAGCAGAGCCCAUCAGAGCUGCACUGUAUAAACGCAUUGAUGGGUAUCCCGAGAAGAUCCAGACCUCGUUGCACCGAGCUCACUGCUUCCUGCCGGCAGGGGUUGUGGCAGUGCUGCGGCAGCGCCCGUCCCUGGUGGCCGCGGCAGUCGAGGCCUUCUACCUGCGAGAUCCCGUGGAUUUACGAGCCUGUCGUCGCCCCUUUAAGACCUUCCCUCCGGACCAGCGCGUGAUGACGGUGGUUACUUUCACCAAGUGUUUGUAUGCACAGCUGGUGCAGCAGAAGUUUGCUGCUGACAGACGCAGUGGGUACACACUGCCCACCCCAUCCCAUCCCCAGUACAAAGCCUAUGAACUGGGCAUGAAACUGGCUCAUGGCUUUGAAAUUUUGUGCUCCAAGAGCACUAAAGUAUCUCCUGAUUCCAAGAGAAAUAUGUUAAGUGGUCCCCUGUGGGAGAGAUUCCUCAGGAGCUUGAAGGAAAAGGAUUAUUUUAAGGUGAAGUAG